AUGUCAUACAUAAUCUGCCAGUGGCUGAAUAUAGAGCUUCGGCUGUCAAAAGUCAUUGAGCCCUAUUCGUUCACCAGGGAUUUUGCAAACGGUUAUCUGAUAGGAGAGAUCCUGCACAGAUAUGAGCUGCAGGACGACUUUCACCUGUUCUCCAAACAAAGCAUGGCGACUGCAAAGCUGAAUAACUUCACCCGCAUUGAGCCCACUCUGCAACUGCUGGGCGUGCCCUUUGACCUGGCCAUGGCCAAAGCGGUGAUGCAGGGCAGGCAGGGGGCGGCCACACAUCUGCUCUACCAGCUCUAUAUACAGCUGCAGAAGAAGAAGAGAUCAGGCCUCACUGCCACAGCCAUGGAGGUCAUGCAGCCUGCAGCCACGGCCCGACUGCACCGCAUAGAGAACAGCAUCUAUACUGAGCGCUUGAAGACGGUGGUAAAGCGUGAGACAGAUCUGAAGAUGCAGAAGAUCGCAAAACACUUCCAUAAAAGAGGGCAGGACAUGUACAACCGCUCGGUCAUGGCUGACCUCCUGAAGGAGGAGGACCGGCUCAAACGGCAGGACGAGAGGAGGCUGAGGGACAUUGAGAAGCACCGGCAGGCACGCAGAAAACAGCAUGAGAUCAUGAUUCAGAUUCAGUCGGCUAUUGUGCAGAUCCCAAAACCUCCACACGCUCGCACGUCAAGAGCUUCUGAGAAACAGCUUCAGUUUCGCAAAAAGCAAGAGGCUGAGUAUGUUCAUCAUGAGAUAGCUCAGUUUGAGAAGAACCAGAAGAGGAUUUCUCCUGCUGGAGGUGGAGCCUUUCUUUACAGUGGUCGUGUGACCCAGCCAAUGACUACAGGAGACAAAGAACAGUGGAACAAGGAGUACAUCGAGAACAUCCGUCAGCGUCUGGAGGAAGACUCUGCUGCCCGGGAACAAAGAGCGAUGCGGAGACGCCGUGCGCUGAUGGAACAACUACAAGCCCAUGAAGCUCAGCAGGAGGUAUUACGAGAGGAACAGAUGGUCAGUCGGUUGAUGCGUCAGACGCAGCAGGAGAAGAGGAUCACUGUGCAGCUGAUGCAAAUAAAACAGCAGAAAGAGGUACUGCAACAGAACCGGAUCUUCCAAGAGAGACAGUACCAGGAAAGACGCCUUCGAGACUUCCAAGAGGUCUUGGACAGAGAAGCUGUUCUUGCCCAACAGGAACGUCUCGAGCGCAGUGAAGAGAUCAGGAUGGAGCGUGAGCUACACAAACAGCUAGUUGCCGAGCGUGCUCAAGCUCGCUAUCGCAAACACUUUGACAGCUGCAGAGGAAUUCUGGAACAGAUUGUCGAUCUGGCAACCAAAGCUGGAGAAUAUCGGCUCCUCACAGCCAAUCUGAUACCAGCGAAGCUGAUGCAGGAGUGGAUGGAGCUGUUUUUCAGUGGUAAGCCGCUGUAUGAAGUGGCCAGUGUGGAUCCCACCCCUGCUGACCCCACACCAGAGCAGAUCAUUGAGCUGGAGAAGCUCCAAAUACUCAACAAUCAAGACUACAACCAGUAUGUGGCUAUGAAGGGCGAGUGGGUUUGGCAUGAAGAGGACGAGAGUCAAGCCCCUCCAGUAAAUGAUAUUCUGGAUCAUGUGUUGAGCCGUCUACAGAGCAUGAUAGUCCCACCCAGCGUCAGCACUCCUCCUCCUCUGUUUCCUCGUUUCACCAUCAGAGCGUGCUUGCUUGGAAAAUCCUACUCGGGCAAAACCACCUGCCUCGCCAAGAUCAGCAACGCUCUUGGAAUCCAUGUGCUCUCAGCCAACUCUUUGAUCCAGGAUGCUCUAUCAGCCUAUCAGCAGGAAAAACAGGCUGCGAGUGAAAGCCAAAAAGAGUCACAGAAGAAAUUGGAGAGGAAUGGUUCUCCAACAGAGCAGCCUCAGAGUGAAGAAGAGGAGGAGAAAUCCUCUCCUCUAGAAUCAGGACCUCAGCUGCAUAAGACAUCUGGACUUCUCGAAAAAGAGGACAAAGAAAAAGUAAAGGCAAUCGCAAAGUGGUCGUUGCGAGCACAGCGUGGUGCAGCAGUAGAGCAGGCUCUUAGGACAGGCAAAGCUGUUCCUGAUCAACUCCUGGUUGACAUCAUAGUGGAUACUAUCAGGAACAUCCCUGCUGGCAGUGGCUGGAUUCUUGACGGGUUCCCCGUGGACAUCAAUCAGGCUCAGAUGCUGGAGAAAGCUCUGAAAGGGACUGACCCUGAUCAGGCUGAGACAAAAACACAUAGCAACUCAGCCACAGACAAAAAUACUCCUAAAGAUCCACCUCCUCCAUCCCCUGCACUGGACCUAGUGGUGCUGUUAGACAUCUCAGAUGAGCAGGUUCUGGAGCGAGCCGCUCAUCAGGCUGGUGAGUUACCAUUGUACUUAGACGGGGAGAGCAUAGAGCAGGAGAGAGAUGGCAGUGAUGCUCCAGAUGAAAAGACGAGUAUGACAGAUGUGGACACACAAGAUCCAGCAUCCUUGUCUGAUGAAAAAAGCCUGGGGAGGAAACAGAUACAGCACAGAAUUAGUGGUUUUCAUGACACAUGGCCAAAACUGGAGAAAUGGUUUGGUGACCAGCAGAAUAUUCUUGUGAAAGUCACGGCAGAUGUAGACGAGGACACUCUCUUCAGUAACGUGAAGAUAGUUCUGAUGGACACCAUGGACUCAGUUGAAAAAGGAGCAGCUCUGGGUCACUCCAGUAAAAUGUCUACGUCCUCCUCAGCUGAACACACCCGUCCAGAAAGUGCCUGCUCUGCUAAGUCUAAAGCAGCUACCCCGAAAUCUGCUGGACGGCGUUACGUGGAGGAACCUUUACCCAAGGAGAUCCCAGUGUAUCUUGUGCCGUACUGGGAGGACGUCUGUAAUUCAUACGUGACUAACGUCAAGACAGUGAUGCAGAACCUCCGCAGUGAACGCGAGCUCAUCAUUCACCACCUCUACAACAUCCGGGAGAACUUCAGGCAGUACCUACAGAAGCCGGAUCUGAAGCAGGAGUUUGUAAGCGCGUGGCAGCGUGAUUAUAACAGCGUUCCUGACAACAUCAGAGAGGACGAGGAGACCAAAGGAGAACUCCAUCAAAGACUGGAUGACUUGCGUGAGCGUCUUUGGGACAUCUGUGAUAAGCGCAAGGAAGAGGCGGAGCAGGAGAGAGCAGGUGUCAUUGAUGAUAGCUGGUUGGACGAUCACACUGCUGUUCUGAUCAACCAUUAUUCUGCAUUAAUGCAGAUAGAAGUGGGCCGCUUCCAAGACUCAUCGUGUCUUUUGAGAGAUUAUUACACAGCGAUGUGUAAAACUGUGUUUCCUGAAUCUACACGUGGUUUCACUCGUGUCCCAUUGAUCGACAUCACUGCAGAUGACCAUGUCGAGCUAGAGGAACCAAAAAUCCCUGCUCCUGCGCCGCCAGAGAAACUCGCAAAGAGUGCUGAGGAAAAAGACUCUGAAAUGGAGGACAAGAAGAAAACUAAAUUGUUUCCAUUGGUUUCCUGCAGAUCUCCCACUUCUGAGCUGCUCAGACAGUUUCUACACCAUCCUGAUGAGAAACUUCUGCAGGAGUUCUUCCAGACAGCACUCAGUGCCGUCAGGAGCAUGGUGUUGGCAGAGACACAGCAGCGAGAAGAAGAGGAGGGUGAUGAAGAACAGAAGCAGAUGGAGGCACAGAGAGUGCAGACUUCAAACUCUGCUACAGACAAUAGGAAAGCUGGGAAAAAGAAAGGUGCUCCAACCCCUCCACAGGAGCCCAGUCCACAGCCCGUGGUGGAGAAGAACCCUGAGGAGGUCAGGAGGAAAGCAGAGAGGAAGAGAAUCAAACAGGAGUUCACAGCUGCACUGAAACGUGAAGAACAUGCAGUGAAGCUGCGUCUGGAGCUGAUAAAGGCUCAUGUGCUGAGAACGGUGAGCAGUUUGCAGCAGAAAGCAGAGCAGGCCUACGGGAACAUGGAGGAGUGGCUGGGAAGUCGCUUCCUGUCUGAGAUGAACAGUAUCGACCAGCUGACAGAGUUGGUGCGGCAGCACAUUGAGAAUGGAGUUCAGAUCCAUCAUGAGCUUGUGCUGCAGAGCGCUGAUUUCUGUGUGGAUGGAGACACUCUUGUCGUGGCGAGUCCAUCACCCGCUCCCCGCCGAUCCCUGCUGGAGCAGCCCAAAAACAGCACUCUGACUGUCCAACAGCUGCACAUCCUCUGUGCUCAGCUGCACAAGACUGCACCUACCGGUCUGAUGUGCAGUAACGAGUUGACUGAAGUUCUGCAUGAGUUAACCUCUCCUCACAUGGGUAGUGAUGUCCUGCCUGACCCCUGGAUGCAUAUCACUCCCUCACAGGUUGAUGAGCUGGUGUGUAUAUUAGCUCCGGACUCUGAGAUGCUGGACUGGCGUCAGUUCCUGCUCAGUGCGGCUCUGCCGUGGCCAUUUCCCUCUCAGACUCAGCUGUUAAAAACCCUCCAGCGCUACAGAGCUGUCGACACUGCAGGAGCUGGACUCAUCACACAAGAACAAUACAUACAGGUUGAGUUGUGGUUUCCCAGUGAAAGAGAUCUUCCUGUCCCCGAUGACCCAACUGAACCGCUGCCCUAUGACAGACUAGCCAAUCUUAAGAAGUUUUUCUUCAGUCUGUUUGCGAGCACACACUCAUCUCCACUGAUGCUGGACUAUCUGAGCAUGCUGCUGUAUUUCUGCUGCCAUCCUGAACCGGCUCAGGGCUUCACCAGAGCACUCAGCCUUGUGAUCGGACACACACUGCACUAUAAACACACCGGCCCCCUCACACAGUCUGUGCCGUAUAUGGAGGGCGCUGGAGUUGAGGAGUGUGACGCUGAUGAGGAGGUGGAGUCUGAAGAAGCUGGCGUGGAGUCUGAAGAAGCUGGCGUGUCUGUUGAUGAUGUGCUCGGAGUUCUGAGUCAUGGAGAUGAUCAUGUCUGCUCACAUCUGAACCGCUUCCAGCCAAACCACAGUAGCAGAGAUGAACUCCGAGAGGAGCUGUGGAAGGUGUUUAAGGAGUUGGGUUUUAAGGGUGAGGAAAAGAUUCCUUUCUCCACGCUAUCCCAGCAUCCCUUUCUGCAGGACCUGAUGGAAGGAUCCCCACAGUACCUGCUUCCUGACUUUCACAAAAUUUUCCAGACCCAACAAACUGAAGAUCUUCAAAGUUUCUCAACAUGAUGAACACUCAAAACAAUACACACUAAAACAUGAAUCACACAAGGUACAUGCUAAUGGAAUAAUAAAUUUAAGUGGAACAAACAUUAAUGCUAUAUUUAGAAUAUUAAUGGUUGUAUUUAAUGUCAUUUACAUCUACAAUCUGAAAGCAUAAAGAACAGUGAUCUGCUGGAAUUACAUUCUUAAAUGUAUUUAUUGUAGUGGAGACAUGUCUCAUUGUGUGUUAUCAUCAUCCCUUAUAACAAAUGCACAACAUUAAGAAAAAAUCUAUGUAAAAUCAGCAUAAAAUACAAGUAUAAAACAUAUAUAAAAAUGAAUAUAGAAUA